AUGGAACCAGGAACUUACAUAACAAUUGCCCAACUCGCCUUCGAGGGGGCGUGUAUUGCCGUCAAGACAUUCCGAAGCGCGUUGAAUUUCACCAACGAUGCCGAGCGGCUGAUCCUUGGUCUUGAGGUCGAGCGCUUUCGUCUGCAUAUCUGGGGCGAGAACGCGGGUUUGGCGCCGCCGGACGGGCAGCAGCCAACGCUUCCCGACCGCUUACUACCACUAUGCGAGAUCCUCAAGGAAUAUCUCGGCCAGAUCGAGCAGUUGGUGAAAGACGCAGACUGUUUGAGUAACAAGUAUGGCCUGCUGCAAACAGACGAGCCGCCAACCAAUUCGGCCCUCGUUCGCCAGCUUGUGGAGCGCAUGCAGCGGUCCAUCAAGACGUCGGGACUGCGGGUGCCCGCGUUCAAGAGGACCCGAAGUAAAGAAGACAGGGAAGAAGACGGCUACUUGGGCCAAGCCGCGCCCAACCCCUGGUUGGAAACGGACUCAAUAGAGGACUUGACCGUGAUGCCCCUGAGCGAGCAAAGAAAGACAACGACGUGGAAGAAAUUCCGCUGGGCAGUCCGAGACCUCGACAAGUUUGACAACUUGGUGAAGGACCUUGCCGUGCGCAUCAACAAGCUCAACGACCUCAUGACCGAGACGCAGCAGCGCAAGACGUACGAGGACAACUACCGCAUCAACAUGCUGGUCGUGGGCAGUGCUGUAGACGAGGCCUCGCUCGAACUGAUCCGCGCUGCCGUCCGAGGCGAGCCCGACACGUCCUCCGUGCGCUCCGCAGUUGAGCGCAAGGCCUUGACCCAGCCGCGGCUGGUGCAUAUGGCAACUAGGACUCUGAAGCCUCUGUCUCUCGAUGACUUUGUGCUUCCUUCCGGAUUCGACUCUCUAAAACGCUUUGUGACGGCCAAAAUGUCCGGCUCGGUUGCAGGUCGCCUUCAGGCUUCCAGUUAUUAUCUCCUCGAGCGCAAGACGUACGACUCAGACAUCCAGCCAGGCGACCUCAACCGCCUUACUAGCCGUAUCCAGCGGCUGGUCGUGCUGCUUCAGAAACCAAAGUCGCCCGAUUUCCGCACCCCGCAGGCCGAGGGCUGCAUCAACGACCCAACAAACUCGUGCUGGUGGACCGUCUUCAAGUUUCCCUUGCAACCCUCCAAGUCACCGGCCCAGCCAGAAAUCUCCAGCUUGAGACGACUCCUGCUGAAACCAGUCUCACUCCUGGAUUUACUCGACCCCACCCUCAAGUUCCGCCCACCCCUCGAACAGCGGCUCACCCUCGCCAGCACUCUCUGCACCACGCUCUGCGAGCUGUACCUCUCGGGCUGGCUGCACAAGGGGGUCCGCAGCGAGAACAUCCUCUUUCCCGCAGCGGGGACUACCCUCCAACCGUCUCCGUACUCAUACAGCCCCGAGGAGACGGGAGCCGUCCUGUCCAGCAUGCUGGUGUGCGGCUUCGACUAUUCGCGGCACGAGAGCGAGUGGGUCACCAUCGACAAGUCGCGCACAUCCAAGGACGUUGACGCGGCUAUAUACCGCCACCCCAACUACCAGGGCGAGGCGGCCGAGGGGUACAGAGUGCAGUACGACAUUUACGCGGUGGGGUUGAUACUGGUUGAGAUUGCGCUGUGGGUGUCGACCAAGCGGGCGUUUUUAGGCGCGGCCAAGAAGACGUCGUUGAGUAGGACUCCUACUGCUUCUACUGGUUCUAGUUCUCAAGUGCAGCUGGGCCUGACGAGUAAACCGGCGACCGUGGAGUUGUCGGAUGACAUGGACUCGUUCCAUACGCCGCAUGCCCUGGAGCUGAGGAAGCGCGUGACUGAGAGGGUGAAUUCGGAACUUGCUUUUCGCGCUGGGUCUCGGUUCUGCCAGGCGGUUAAGUUUUGUCUGGAGUUUGCUGACAGGGAACGGGAUGGGGAAGCUGGGGAUGGGGCUGAGGUCGGGGUGCAUCCGGCUAUGGAGUUUUAUAACAAUGUGGUUGUGCCGUUGGCUGGGUUGAGCUCUGCCAGCUAG